AUGCCGGAGAUGACGCCCCAGCUUCCUGCUCCUCCUGUUGCUGCUGCUGCUGCUCUUAUGACUGCUCUUGUUGAUGCUGCUGCUCUUCUUGUUGAUGCUGGUGCUGUUGUUGAUGCUGCUGCUCUUCUUGUUGAUGCUGGUGCUGUUGAUGCUGCUGUUGAUGCUGGUCCUGUUGAUGAUGCUGCUGUUGAUGCUGAACUCCUCGGUGUUCUCCUCCUCCACAGAUUCCGGAUAGACAAUACCGAUCACAUAAUAGAUGUGAACAAGGGCAAUAUUCCCUUCGAGUACGACCAGGUCAACAUCAUCUGCCCCGUCUACAACAAGGACACCAGUGAGGACGACGCUGAGAAGUAUAUCAUCUACAAUGUGAGCAAGGAGGAGUACGACACGUGCAGGAUCACCAACCCGUCUCCCAGGGUCAUCGCCGUCUGUGACAAGCCGUACAAGCUCAUGUACUUCACCAUCACCUUCCGCUCCUUCACCCCUCAGCCCGGAGGCCUGGAGUUCCGACCCGGCCAGGACUACUACUUUAUCUCCACCUCAAGUAAGGAGGACCUGCACCGUCGUAUUGGAGGGCGGUGCUCCACCCACCACAUGAAGGUGGUCUUCAAGGUGUGUUGUGACCCAGCCUCCCAGCCCGCCCACGACCAGGCCAACAACCACAUCCCCAACAAUGGCCUGCCAGCCACUAGAGGCACCACCACUACUACCACCUCCACCACCAAGUCUACUACCACCACUACUACCCCUAAGACCACCACCACUUCCACUACCACCACUUCCCUCAGCACCACUUCCCUAAAGACCACCUCUCACAAGAGUGCCGACCCUCACACCAUCAAGACCACCACGAAGAAAACAGACACCCGCCAGCCAGACCGUAGUGAAAAUGAAGUAGUUAAGAAUGAAGAACUAACCUUGAACUCAUCACCCUGGUCCACCAGCGUAUCCUUCAUUGCAACAUUCCUCUCCCUUUUUCUUCCGUUUAUGGCAACACAUCUCACCACACAUUCCUAAGAACAGCAAAAUAGUCUUAUGAACAUUAUUUAGACAUUGGUAAUGCAGAAUAAACAAUGUCGCUGGUGAAUAUAAUUUGUGAAUGUUUUGCGAAAGAAAAUGGAUUUAAGAGAAUGAAAAGUUUGAGGUUAAACAUAUUGUGAAGAAAGUGGGGGUGGGGGAAGUUGUAAGGAAAAAUUGCAUAUAGUGUGGUCUUGGUACCAGUCUAAUGAUGGAUAUUUUGGAUCAACUGGAGCAGUUGAAUUUUGUUCACAUAAAUGUUGAAAGCCAAUUAAUGUAUUGCACAGUGGAUCUGUCAAAGGUGUUCAUAUUCACACAAUAGGGUAUAGCUCUGUAUAUACUUGAUUUAUAUGUACAUGGGCUGUGUAUAACCUUUGGACAAAAAUCUAAUGUAUUUCCCGAGUACUGUACCAUCAAAUGUAGAUCUUCAAGUGUUUUAUAUGUCAAGAACUUGUCAUAUUGUCCAUCUUUUUUUUUCCAGCCUGAAUGAGUGAUGUGUAUGUUGUGAUGGGCGAUGUAUGAUUUGUCAGUCUCUAGAGUUUAUGGAGGCUUCUUGUCAUUUUUUUACUUGUGACCACAAGGUAUGUUGGAUAAAUUUGUGUAUUUGUAUGAAGCAGACUGAUGUGGAAUGUUUAUAAAUGUGUUAAAUAACUUGGAUCAUUACUCGAGCUUUUGCCCCAGGGGAGUUGGUGACCACUUCUCAAGGUUAUUUUAUCCUCAUUCAUGCCUCUUCUCAUUAGCAUUUUCCAUCACUGUCAUCAUCAUCAUCAUCAUCUUUAUGCUUUAGUAUUUGUAUAUAUGUUCGUUAUUUAAUGUAUUUUGGUUAUGCCUUCUUGGUAAUUUAUGCCAGUGUUGGUCAGCUGCAGACAUGUUUCAUCAAAGCUUCUUGAAUUGAUCAACGAGCUCAUUCUUUCCAACUCCCUAAUUCAUUAAAUUGCAAUUUGUCUUUACUCUCAUCCUUGCUCAUCUAAUUGCUUGGAUGGAUAAGCUCUACUUUCACAUGCAACUUGGAUGGUUAAGCUCUGCUCUCUCACAUGCAACUUCAUAUACUGAAUAGAUUUUAUUUAAUGGCCUGUAUUUUAUAAAUUAAUGUGAACAACAUUGAUAUUCCUCUCAAUUCAUGGCAAUCAAUCAUUUGCCAAGUAUCGUGCAUUACAGCAUAAAUAUUCUUGAUUAUUGUACUAGGCAUCAUGUUGACGACUUAUAGGGAAAGUUUUAUGUGUGUGCAUUAUUUUGCAGCAACUUUAACAGAGGGCUUAAGAUGUGUUGCAUUUUUUGUCUUUGUUUCACCGAGUCAAAAUCUAGCUCAGUAGCUGGUAUAAACUAGCAUGAUCAGUUAAUAUAAAUAUCUUACCCUUCCUUUUAUAUAUUGCUAUGUUCACUUCAAUUAGAUUAUACUAGGUGAGUUUUUUUUUACAAUGUUUCCAUUAAAUCCAUUAAAAGUUGUUUAAAAAUACAAAAAUUGCUAGCCAGUUUUUUGAAGAAGUUAUUAUCAGGUUUAAAUAUUAUAUAUAAAACUAGUGUAAUUCUCAAGGCAUAUGUGUUUAUAGAGCAAAAGUAGUACAUUAAAUAAUGCCUUUGUGACCUAUAGAUAAUUGUAAGAGAUGCUGGUGCUGCUAAAUGGUGUGAACAUAGCCAUUGACUCUCCUGGAUCAAAAAUAUAUAUUUUGUGGCAGCUCAUGUGUAUGAUCAAAACAGAUACAGUACUUAGAGUGUAUAAAACUUAUGCGAGGGAAUGUUGGGCUCCUUAGUGGUGUCAUAUAAAGGUUGAUGGGAGCACCUUGGUAUGAGAGGUGUAUGGCAGGCCAUCGACACCAGUCGUGUAGUGGAGCAUAUCGUGGUGGUGCAGUCACACUUGCUGACCAAUGUAACCAACAUACUACAGCUCUUGCCUGUGUUUGCACAAUUACAUGGGUAUUAGAAAUUAGAAGAUUAUUAAUAUAAAAUUUUAUGUUGACAGUUUACUGUAAACUUCAAGUUUACUGCACCAUCACCUGGAUGAAAAAAAAAUCAUUUACCACUGUAUGUGAUAGCCUUUGGCCAUGGAUAUUUGUCCUUUUAUGUUUAACAUUAUUUACUUCUUGUCAAGUACUUGAUAAACAGUGCUUUGUAUAUAGUGACUGAUGGAAUGCUGUUAUCAGACAAGUUGAAUUCAUGACAUGUGGGUCAAACACAGUAAGCUGUAAGGAAGAUCCUAUAUCGUUAAGAGAAGCACUUAGGCUAAGCUCCACUGGUUAAGAUGCUCUAUGACAAUCUUGGGUAUGUCUGAUACAUUUAAAUUGUAGAUAAAUCAGUUUGAGGAUCUUGUGGGGUUCAUAUGUGAAUCUUAAGGAUUAGGAUCUGCUAGAACUUGUCUACUCACUUGUGUUAAAGAGAAUGCGGGGGUAAGGAGAUACUGUAUAUUGGAACUCUCAGGUGGAGUCCUCAACAUUAAGGUGAGUUCAGGUGCUCAAAGAACAGGCAAAGUAGUUUUCUCAAAAAACAGAAAAUCCUACAAAAUAGGUAUUUUUUUUGUUUUGAUAUACUGUAUGUAUAUGAAUAGAUCUUAAAAUUGUACAUGGUAUUAUAUUAACGUAACUCAAUGGCCACAAUUCAUAGCUUAUUUCCAAUCUUGACCUGUUCUGUAGCCACUAUAACAUGCCUAUAAUUUGAGCAACAAAAUGUUUAGUGACAAUAGCCUCAAAUAGGUGAGUUUCAACAUGCCAGGCAAUAAUAAGGAUGGAUGCUGCUUUGUUUUAAAAUUAUAUAAAUAUGCUGUGUGUAUGUACGUACAUGUACAUGCACGCGUACACACACACACACAUACACACACACACACACACACACACACACACACACA